AAUUGGUGCAAUUAAAUGGGUAGAAUGCUAUUGACAUACAUUAGUAUGGCUUCACAGUAGAUAUCAUACAACAUGAAUGUCUGUUAUGCUUUCAUCUUCGUUUCUUUUAUGCUAUUCUGUUCAUAUCUUCCUGUGGUAGAAGCAGGAGGAAUUCUGGAGUUGUUGGGUGGUUGGAGUGGUCUCAAAUUGCAUGAGUUAGGAAUUGCCAAGCACAAGGAGCAUGAUGGAGCAAACCAAGUGUUCGUCGGAGCCGCUUUUGCCGUGGUGAUCGAGCAAAAGAGCAAGGAUAUUGGCCAGUGUAAGGAAAAAAUAACUAUUACAUCAACGGCUAAAAGACAAGAAAAGAAACUUUCCACUAAAUGUGCACCUUACGGGAAGAUUAGAAAAGUAAAAAGAGGAAAUGAUGAUGCAGUGGUCGUGGGGACUCUUGACAGCGGAUUUUGUGCUUUCCUACCGAAUGGGGUCAAGGGGGACGAAUUUUACUACCUUAUGGAUGGGAAAUGGAAACAAGGAAUAUUUGGUGUAGUCAGCUCCGACGACAAAGACCUAACAGAGACUGAGAUCAAUGAAGCAGGACUAGUUGAGAAAAUUGAGAGUGUUCUCAAACAUAAAACAGAAAUCAAAUUAAAUUAAAGUGUUCCAAGCUUCCAGGAAAACAGUACUUCUUAUUUUUAUCCAAUUUGGUUAGGCAUAACCUACAUAAACAGUGCUUGGUUUCUAUAAUACUACAGUGAACCAUAAUGAUUAGUUACAUUUAUUAUUUUAGGAAUUGGUAAGAUAGAAUAUUCAUUGACUAACAUUUUUUGAGGAAACGACUACACAACCUACAAAACCUCUCUGUCUAUAUUCAAUACAAGUAGAAAAUUACACUUCAAGCAUUUUUAGCUUGACGUUUUAAUUGGCUAUGAAACAACAUGACCGUCCAAUUAAAAGUUGGUUUUAUUCAAAACACUAUCUCGUGUUUCACUCAAUGACUAAGUGUUCAAACAGUGAACUUGUAUAACUAGUUUUAAAAAUAUCACUAUCUAGACAAUCUAUGGUUGAAAAUAAAUA